AUGGAGUAUCGCUACUCAGAACUCAUUGACCCCAAUGUCUAUGAGACGCAUGGUCUGGACAAUGGCAUUGCUCUCCGAGGGCACAAGGAGCCUAUGAAAGAAGUCCGCGGGGCACGGCGAGCUCAGGGCGACUGGUCCAAGCAUGUAAAGCCACUCGGUGACUACAAGGGCGGUCUCGGAGAUCGUUUCGGCUUCAUGCAGGUGACUGUGCCGGAAUGCUUGCCCGAGAGGCUUGAGAUCAUUUCGUAUGCAAACGAGUAUGCGUUCAUCUAUGAUGACGAAAUGGAGAACAUGGAUCUUGAAAACAUCUCCACCGCCGAGCCAGGCAUCCUCGACACAUUCUACAAGGGCGUUUUGGAUAGCAAGACGGACGGCAAAUCACGCCCCGAGAAGCGGCUCCAGGCACAGAUUCUGAAGGAGAUGCUUGCCAUUGACCCGCCGCGGGCCAUCACGACGAUGAAGGCGUGGGCCAGAUUCGUGCAGCUCGCAUCGCAGACCAGAGCGUCACCGUUUCGAACAUUGGCAGAAUACGUGCCCGCGAGGGUCGUUGAUGCUGGCGAACUCAUCUGGUUUGGCACGCUAACUUUUGGGAUGGGUUUGACGAUCCCGGACGAAGAGUAUGAUCUGUGUAUGGAGCUGGCCCGGCCGGGUUAUGCCGUGCUGGGCCUCACCAACGAUCUGUACUCGUGGCCCAAGGAGCGGCAGGCGGCCGAGAGGGCGGGCCAGGACUAUGUCUUCAACGCCAUCUGGGUCAUUAUGCACGAGCGGCAGGUCAGCGAGGAGGAGGCCAAGGCCAUUUGCGCCGAGGAGAUCCGGCGGUAUGCCCGCAUCUUCUGUGACAACGUGGACGAGACGAAGCGGAACCUGGCGCUAUCGCGGGAUGUGCGCGCGUACGUCGAGGCCGUCAUGUACAGCUGCAGCGGCAACCUGGUCUGGAGCAUCUACUGCCCGCGAUACCACGAGCUGUAG